AUGAAAAUAACAACAACAGCAGAGAGGGUGGGGUGCCACUUGUUAUUGCGACACCCCAUAAGCGAGUCCGAAAACGGCAAAACAUUUCCCUCGACCGGAAAGAACAGAAGGCAUUCCAAGAUUGUGGCAGCAACGCUGGAGUACUCGCGCUUAUACGCCAGGUUUCGCUCGACUUUUGAUAAAUUUCUCACCAAUCGGAAGCUUUACUUGGCCAGCAACGAAUGCCCCCGGUUUCCGCUGAAUGCGAGGCCCACACAGGUGUAUAUGUUGAGGAUCAUUGACGACACCCUCAAGUUUGGCAGGGUUGGAUCAUUAAUCGGCGGCAACUAUCGUCUUGCGGACUGCAAAGAGAGAUGGCAAGACUUUUUGAAGGAGUUGAAAGUCACCGGAGAUAUGACCGUCGGGGAUAGUGACUCGGACUGGACAUCCGGGUCUGAGGAGGAGAGCGAUCUCGGUAGAGCUUCUUCUCCCGGUGACCCUGCUUCCGGUCCCGACCCCGGUCCAGGCUGGGAGGUUGAGCCGGCCACCCCCAAAGCCACCCGUCAUGGGCUUGUGCCUGGCGCGGGUAUCCUUGCCUUCGCCGACGGGUUAGCGGCCAACUUGUCGAUGAUGUUGCGACUGGUGAGGGAGUUUGAAGAAGCCGGUGAGCAGCUUCCCAGGUCGGUCACCGAUGUGGUUGCGACCUUUCGGGAUUGCUGUGUUGUCUUGGAAGAGUGGCCCCGCCAUGAAGGUCCCGGCCAAGUCCAGGAUAACUUGAUGAGCAGUGGAGAAGAUGCAGGGACUCCGAUUACGAUAGUCUUUUCGUCACACCGUAAGACCGGCCUUUCUUUGUUUUGCUAUUUGCUUUUCUUUUGUAUGUAUCUUUGUAUUGGUUUCGAUUUGCAAGAUGCUGACUCGAUAAGUAGCAACCAACGAUUUAAGCAGUCCAGUAGUGAGGACGAUUGGGCCUGGGGAUUUGGGGGCUUUGGAAGAUUAUUGUCAAUUUGA